GCGCCCCGGAAGUGCUACUGGCCGGGCCGGGCCCGCCCCCGCCCCGCUGGCGGCCUGACCCGGAAGCAGUCGCGUCCCGCUGACCGUGGCAGGGCCCGCGUCCCGCUAUGGCUCCCAAGGGCGGCCCUGGCGGGCGGCAGCAGUCGGAGGAAGACUUGCUCCUCCAGGACUUCAGCCGCAACCUCUCCGCCAAGUCCUCCGCGCUCUUCUUCGGCAACGCCUUCAUCGUGUCCGCCAUCCCCAUCUGGCUUUACUGGAGGAUAUGGCAUAUGGAUCUGGUUCAGUCCGCAGUCCUGUAUAGCGUAAUGACCCUCAUCAGUACCUACCUAGUAGCUUUUGCAUAUAAGAAUGUCAAGUUUGUUCUCAAACACAAAGUAGCACAGAAAAGAGAAGAUGCUGUUUCCAAAGAAGUUACUCGCAAGUUGUCUGAGGCAGACAAUAGGAAGAUGUCUCGUAAGGAGAAGGAUGAAAGAAUUCUGUGGAAGAAAAAUGAAGUUGCAGACUAUGAAGCAACGACUUUUUCCAUCUUCUACAACAAUACUCUCUUUCUGGUCUUGGUCAUCAUUGCUUCAUUUUUUGUGCUGAAGAACUUCAACCCCACUGUAAACUACAUUCUUUCUAUAAGUGCUUCAUCUGGACUGAUUGCUCUGCUAUCUACAGGUUCCAAGUAGAUAAAACCCCACAGCAGUUCAUUUCUGUGAGAGGGUUCAACUAUCAUACAAAAGCUUAAGGGUGGAAUAGGAAUACAUUUUUUGUUUAUAAUGUGACUGCUUGAGGGUAUGGGGGGAGGGUUUGAAUCCAAAAGGAAUUAUAUUUACUCUUGGGAUCUUUACACAUUAUUCAAUAACAGAAUUGAUGAUUUUUUUUACUUACCUAGCAAGGAAACAGCGUGUGAGCAGUUACCAAACGUAACCUUUCCAAAGCACCACGUAGGUGUGAUGGUACUACAAACUACUAGGCAAGUACAGCGUAGUGGGCUGCUACACAGCAGGCCAAAUAGUUACACUUAAACCCCCUAACAGACUUCCCCUCUAAGUUUGGUGACUGUUACAAGAGCCAAACUCACUGGUGAUGAAAAGUGACAAUCCACCAUUUAUCAUUGUAACUUGAAAAGUUUUAAUAAAAAGGAGGCGCUUUUUUGUCAUUUGA